AUGACCUCCCUCCUCUUCCUCUUUGCCCUCAGCAUCAGCGUCAACCUCACAUCCGCCGCGCACGCCGGCUUCCAUGUCCAGUUCCCAUGGAUGACCCGCGGUCCAAACCCUAAAUCCCGACCAGGGAUAGAUCCGUACAACCCUUUCUGUGAAGGGGAGAUAAUACAUAACCCCCAACGAUACGCCCGCAGCUCCCGUAGUUUCCUCUCAUUUUCUGGUCAUCCUGGCGACCUUGUAACGGCCCUCUAUACCACACAUAGAGUGCCAAGAAAGAGAGAUGACUUCCCCCACAUCAUCCUACAGGAUGUGCCCAUCCAGUCUUCAGGGCAGCUGUGUGUGAACGUCACGAUACCAUUUGAGACUAAGCUCGACGAGAUGGGAGUCAUGUACUUCGAGGCGAAGGAUCCGAAGACAGGAAAUGUGGAACACUAUUGUUCCGACGUCAAGAUGGCUGACAUAGAAGCUCUUCCGGAAGAACAUCCGGCUAUGUGUGCGGCUAACAACGAGACACUUAUCCCGAUGCCGGAUGAGUUUAUGUAG